CCGGCGGAAGCGCUCGGGCCGCGUUCGCCGAGAGCGGCGCCGCCGCGGGAGGAGGCGGCGAUGGGGACGGCGGGCUGAGCCGCCAUGGUGCCGUGCGGAGCCGUGCUGUGGCGGCGGCUGCUGAGGAAGCGCUGGGUCCUCGGCGUCGUCUUCGGGCUGUCCCUCGUGUAUUUCCUCAGCAGCACCUUCAAGCAGGAAGAACGGACGGUGAGAGACCGGAACCUCCUCCAGGUGCAGGAGCACGAGCAGCCCAUCCUAUGGAAGGAGCAGUUCAGCUCGGGGAACGGCAGCCACCUGAGCAACCAGUGCCGGAAUUCCGUGCAGGGGAAGCUGCUCAUCACGGACGAGCUGGGCUACAUCUGUGAGAGGAAGGACUUGCUGGUCAAUGGCUGUUGCAAUGUCAACGUGCCCAGUACCAAGCUGUACAGCUGUGACAGCUGCCUUCCCAAUGGCUGCUGCAGUGUGUAUGAGUACUGCGUGUCCUGCUGCCUGCAGCCCAACAAGCAACAUCUUCUGGAACGUUUCUUGAACCGGGCAGCUAUGGCUUUCCAAAACCUCUUCAUGGCAGUGGAAGAUCGUUUUGAGCUGUGUCUGGCAAAAUGUAGGACUUCAUCACAGAGUGUGCAGCAUGAGAACACCUACAGAGAUCCAAUUGCAAAGUACUGCUAUGGAGAAUAUCCCCCCGAGCUGCUGCCUGUGUGAAAGCUGCAUGGUUUGAGCAGCAAGGUGAAGGAACUGGAGACUAGAAUCCAAAAGAGCAGGACAACAGCUGCUGCGUUACAAGAGCCUCAGUGUAAAUGGUUUAUGGUAUUUUCAGUGGCCAACCCAGAGGUGUACAGAGCAAGCAAGAGACUUAAGUUCUGUGGAAUUGGAUCUUGCUUUCUUCAGCUGAUAUUGUGCACCUGCUUUGGGGCACCAGGAGGGGCAUUCUUUGAAUCGUUCUUCUGCAAUAGCUUGUGUUUUAGGAUGCAUGGAGUGGAUCUAGCCUAUAAAAUAUCAUAGAAAAAGAGUCUAAUGUAGCUUUGCAGCUGUACCUGUAGGCUCAGUGUCUCUGCAGUCCAGAGGCUUCCCAGAAUGGCAGUAAUAAUGACAGAACCUUUGCUUGCAGGGAGUAAAGCGUGCCUGUUGUUUCUCUGGAGUGCUAUCCGAUGUGCAUGGUGUACACUACAUCUGUAAUUAUGAAUUAUUUAUUCAGUUUAUAUGGAUUUGCAGCUGGAAGUAUUGAUGCUUUGCAUAACUAGUUGUUGAUGCCUUUCAGCCCCCGUUUCUUUGUAUCAUGUAAAAAGGAUAUUUUACAUCCUGGCUAAAAUUGGUUGGUGUUUUUCCCUCCUUAGUCUAAGGGAUUUGUAUUGGCUUUCACGGCUAUAGUGCUUACGUUCCUCUUGGUGAGUUUAAAGCAUUUGAAACUCCAAUGGAGUUGUUAUCUGUCAGAGUCCCCUAGCACGAGAGAAGAGCAGAGAUCUCCCUGUGAUGGGACCUUUACUGUCUGUAAGUGCUUUCCUUAGUUCUCUGCAGCAGUUUGCUGGAGGAGCAGCAUAAGCCUUGCAAACAGCUCUGUGCCUGUCCGCUUGCUGAUAGGAAACAAAGAAGAUUUAUUUGCUUGAAUUUAUUCAGGAGUCAGUAAUUCAAUUGUGCUUCACUUCUGGUUGUGCAGGAGGGUGGAGUUCUUCCAGGAUCCUUGCCUAAUGACGUUCAUGUUCAAGAAGUAAAUAUGCUAGAAUGUUAGAAUAUGGCACGAGCCCUUCUCUGAGGUGAGCUUGGUUAAACCAUCAGGGUGUUUUACUUUGCUGUUUGACAUGCUGCUCCAAAGUCUCAGCCCGAUCAGAACGGCAGUAGAACAGAGUUGGUUCUCCCAGUUUUCUACAGUUGGCUCCUUAAGUAAGGCUGCUCAACACAGAGGAGACGGGUAGAGAACAUGUAAGAUAUUGACCAAAUCUGUGCUUUCCCUACAUGUCACUGUGUGAAGGCCAAGCACCAGACAAAACUGGGCUGUUUUUUGCUAUGCAAAGCCUCAUUUCCCCUGUUUUCACCCCAGCCAUCUCUGUGCAGCAAGGCCACCUCAGUGAUUCUGACUUUGCAUAUGCAUGUUUAAACUGUUGCUUCCUAUUCCCAGUCUGAAAGAAAAGCAAUCUACAGAGGCAUUAUUAAAAAACAAGCACAGUGGAGAGUCCUUGCACAAAAGAUAUCUGUACAGUGCUGAGCAAGAUAUCCUAUGUUUCCAAUUAAAAUUCUUUGUGAUAUAAACAAGUGCUGUUACCAACCACCUGAUCAAAUCCACUUGCAUUGUUUUCAUUGUUCUUUCCCAGAAACUCAUCAACUGAGACAUUGAUUCUGUCAGCAGAUUUUCUUGAAAGUCUUGUUUCCAUCCGGAUAAACUGCUCACACUGCAGCCUUGGGAGAAACAUCUCCCCUUUGCUGCCAUCCCAUGGCAGGUCGCUGCAGCAAGCGUGAUGCAGGGUGAAGGUGCAAUAUGAAAUGCUGUCUUAAGAGGGUAGCAGAGGUUACUCGCUUCUCUUUUCAGCGUUAAACAGAUUCCUCACCUCCCUUCCACACUUCAUAAGGGAAGGCCGUGGGGUUGGUCGUGUUAUAUCAUUCCUACUGGGAUGUAUUCCCACGUGUCACAUUGCUGCACAAAGAUCAAGGUACUGAUGGCUUACCCUGGAUUUCUUUUCCAGCUUGGUAUUUAUUCUUCUGCUGGUGAUGUCUCUGCCUUGAAGCAGUAACUGUGAGAAAUCAUCAGAACCAACUUAAUGUGGAUGGCUUUAGUGGGAACUCCUGCUCCCUCUCAGGGAUGUUCAGCAGUGUGUUGUAACCACUGCCGUUCACUGUGGCAGAGAGUGCAUCUUCCUUCCCUGGUUGUUAGGCUGUUGAAAUUGUCUGUGCUGUGUGUUAAACCAUUAAAAAUGUAUCUGUGUUCCAAAA